AACCAUAAGUCGUCCACGUGUACGUUUGAAUAUAUGUGCAAAAAAAGAUAAUGGUUGAGCUAGCCUUGUUAAUUUUCGAACGUUCUGAAUGGAUUUAAGUUGAGAUUAGUAUCAAAAUCCGGGUUCAUCCAUGUGUCUUCUCACCCUUUUGCCGGACACAUGUAACCUGUUCGAUGAAUUUCCCAUGAGACCUUGUUAUACAUCAGUCCCUCUUAUUGUUCAAAUCUGAGCGUGUAUUGAUGGGCCCGCAAGAGACACGCGUGGACUAGUAUUUUGCUGACGUGUAUACACUAGGGUACCCAAUAUUUUCUGCCCUCCAAGUCUUUUCAGUGCUUCCUGCAAUCAUCACUCCACCCACUCCCCGUUUGCUUCUGCGUCUUCAGCAACUUCGAACAUGGUGAGACCCUCCUCCCUCUCUGAGAAAACGUGAAGUAGCUAUAUCUUUCAAGGUGAAGAAUCAGCAACCCGGAAUUUCCAAGCUUUCUGGGUUCAUGAAAUUCAAAGAUACUUGAUGGUGUACUAGUGGAAAUGGACUUGGUUAAGCUACAUUCUUUGGUGGUCUUGCUCUGCACGCUCAGCUUUGCAGGCAACAGAGUUUGUUAUGCUUUUGACAAUACGGUCGAGAAGACAAUGCUAAAAGUAGGUGAGGAGCUAUGGAAAGAAUCUCUCCCACUUCACAGAGGAUCUUGCCUUUAUAAGCUGGAGGGCCUCAAACCUUACACGUGGUAUGAAGUGAAGAUAUCAUAUCCAGCUUCUAUACCUGCUUGCUUCUCUCUGCAACUAACGUGGGGUGAUUCGGACUCAGCCAUGAACUUGAAUAGAAAAUUACUUAACACUGAGAAAAUAAUAUUUAAGACGGAGAGCCUCGAAUUGAUACAGAAUCAGGGUGGAAUGCAUGUCCUGGUUACAGUGGAACCUGAAGGAGUUGUUGCCAUACGAGAUGUAAAGGAGAGAGAAUCCAUCAUCUAUAAUAUAGUUUGUGAUGAACUCUUACUAGGGAUCCCACACAAAGCUUGGCCCGUUGGAAUUUUGGUCCUGCUUUGCUUGGUAGUGGCAUUCAUUGUUCCGUCGUUUCUCCCACCAUUUCUACUGGCGAAAAGUCGUUCUCAGCAGGAACUUCAUGAAGAUGUCUCGAAAAAUUCUUAGCGAGUGAUGUUUUGAGUAGUUGGUGUCUGCUUUUUUCUCAUUUUCUUGAAGUGGCAAUGAGGUGUAAGAGCUGUCAAUCAACUUGGUUCUGCAGCUUCUGCUCUCGUGGGGAGUUUAGCAAAAGUAUCGUACUUUUCUUUUCAAAAAAACAUCAACAGUGACUCGAUUUCGGUUUCAAAUGGAGUAGAAGUGGGCACUUUAUAAAUUAAUGAAAUGAUUGGGGAUA